AUGGAUCACACCACAUCUGUCAAUCCAAGACCCACACUUACCUUACAGCAAGCAACCAAAGUGACAGAGCAACUUUAUGGCGUGACCAUAACUGAGAUCUCCACCCUGCCUAGUUAUAUUGACCAGAUUGUGGUGGACAAAGAGGGCAGCAAGCAUGUCCUGAAGAUCAUGAACUCAGAAGAGAGUAAGAAUACUACUCUGCUAGAGGUGCAGACCCUCGCCAUGUCCUUUCUUCGCCAGCAUGGAGUUCCUGCUCAGACAGCUGUGCCCACCACCACAGGGCAGCUCAUGAGUAUGGAGGAAAUAGACUGCGGACAUGGUGCUCAGACCUACUGUGUGAGGUUGUUGACCUAUAUCCCUGGAAAACCCAUUGCACAGUCACAAGUUACAAUGCAGGAUCUUUAUCAUGUUGGGAAGUUGGCUGUCACUGUUGAUAAGACACUGCAACAACUGGUAUCCCCAAACCUGGAUGCCCUAAAAUAUGACACACUUUGGAAGUUAUCCAACAUUCCUCUCCUGGAGGGCUACUUAUCUGUGAUGGAUGGAGAUCCCCUGCAGGAAGUGGUCAAGGCAGUCAUUGAACAGUAUAAAUCACAUGUGCAGCCAAAAAUCAUCUCCUUCCAAAAAGGAAUAAUACAUGGGGACUUAAAUGACCAGAACAUCAUUGUCAUACCUAUUUACAGCGGGCAUCAUGAGGUGUCAGGCAUCCUGGACUUUUCUCUGCUCAUGAAUGGAUGCUAUGUGUUUGAACUGGCAAUAACAAUCAUGUACUUGAUGCUGGAGAACCCCAGUCCACUGGAUGUAGGUGGAGCAGUGUUAGCGGGCUGGGAGAGCAUUAUGCAGCUCAAUGAUGAUGAAAGAGAUUCCCUCUUCCUGCUGGUGCUUGGUCGGUUGUGCCAGUCUCUGGUUUAUGGACGGCACAGUGUCAAAAAAUACCCAGACAACAAGAGUUAUUUACUGACUACAGCCAAAAGUGGGUCUCGACUUCUUGUUAAACUCUGGGAACUUGGCAAGAAAGAAGUAGAAAGGAAAUGGUUCUCAGAUGCCAGAACAUUCUCAGUGAGUAAAUAGAGAAAUUAUGGGUUCCAAUGGAUUAAUGGAAGAGAAUAAAGACUUGCAAUUACAAAAAAUCAGAAUUGAGGGAUUUGAGGGAAAACCAAAAGUACCAUGGUGUACUUCAAGUUUAAGUGUAUCUUUUUUUUGUUGACAUUAUCAC